AUGGAACUUGGCGUUUUGGAGUUUGCACCUGAUGACGAGAUAAUUGGAGAGACGUUGUCAUGCCAGUCUGAAUUGCUGCAACAGAUGACCGCAAAUCGUGCAGCCACAGCCAGUUUACUGAAUAUGUUGCUUGAGCAGCUACCAAAGCUGAAGGAGGAGUGGAAGGAGAAGGAGGGGCUUGCAGAGGAAAUCAUAAGUGCUGUAGAGGCGAUCAAAGAACUGAAGGGGAUUCAUGUCCACAAGGGGAUAGAGGCGAAGCUCGAUGGGCUCAUGGGAGCGGCACGGGAGGCAGUAAAGAUCAGGAGCCCAAGGCCCUCACGGCCUCCUAGGAGAAUCUACGAUGAAGACUUCAAGACGCCAAGCUUUGGAGCCGGCCGUCGGGAUCAAUACCUCAAGGAAGAGGAGGUUGACGAAUGUGUAGAUCCCCUUGCUGAGAGGAGGAUGGAAGGCGAGGCAGAAGAUGCAGUGUGUGCAGUCUGUGGUCAAGGCCACUCAGACCCUCCCAAUGUCAUUGUGUUCUGCGAGCGCUGCGACCUUGCAGUGCACCAGGAGUGUUAUGGUGUCACAGACAUCCCACCAGGUGAAUGGCUAUGUUGGCCAUGCAAGCUUCAUGAAGAGGCCUUGGUCAGGGAUGGUGUUCCUCAAAGGGAGAUCCGCCCCCCCCGGUAUGAGCUUAAUAGCCAGGUGGACAGGUCAAAGUUUAUGGAAGGCGGUUCCCGAGCCGUGUCCUGUGCAUUGUGCCCUGUCAAGCUGGGAGCAUUCAAGAAAACCACAGACGGCGAGAGCUGGGUGCAUGUGGUGUGUGCCUUGUGGCAUCAGCAAACAUCCCUGGUGCCUGAAAACACUGUUCUGGCAGUCCAAGGGCUGAAGGACAUACCCAAACAGCGAUGGAGUACAAAGUGUGACGUAUGUGGCAGUGCACAAGGCGCAACGGUGAAAUGCGGGCACACCAACUGCGGCUGCUCGUUUCACCCCCUUUGUGCCCGAAGAGCGGGACUGCUCUUGGUGAUGCGACCCUCCACUCGUGCUCCUUUUCGGCCUGCCUGCAAGUUGUACUGCAGGUGUCACAGCGACGCACAUCAGAAUCGUCAGGCCAACGCCCUUGAUGCUGUCAACGCUUCUUUGCACAAGGCCAAGCAGGUGCCCGUUGGCAACAAACUGGACUGCAUCAGGGCCUCCGAUUCGAUGCUGGAGGAUGGUGUCUCGGAGCGUGAGGGGGGCAGCGUGCGGAGCAGGGACAAGAAGUCGGUCCGGGCCCAAAGGCACGGCGAGCUGCCCGGCUCGAGUCCCUCCACGUCGCAGCCCCACCUGGCCCUCCUGACGGGGGAGUCGCGAAAGAGGGCCCUGGAGGCGCUCGCCGCCAAGGAGCGGGACCACGACCACAUGUCCCAGCUGAGGUACAACCUGGAGUGCGUCCGCCUGCUGGCCGACCAGAUAAAGCGGCGCGAGCGGCUGAAGGCCAGCCUGCUCGGCGCCAGGUUCGAGCGCCUGCGGGCGAUGGAGGCCGACCCCGCGAAGUACUGCCACGGCGAGUCCAGCCAGGCCCUCAGGCCCGGGCCCCACUCCCUGGGCACCGCCUCCGCCCUGGCCAAGUCCCGGGUCACCGCACCCAGGUCCACGCGAUCCGCGUCGAUCAAGAAGGGCCCCAGCGGCGAUGGGCUCCCCAGCAUGAGCGAGGACGCCGUGUCCGACGCCCAGACGGCCAGGUCUAAGCAGGGGGCCCUGGGGGCCAGGCACGACGGCCGGAGGGGCCCCAAGGCCCAGGGCCGUCACUCCGCCAGGCCCCCGGGUGGCAACCUCGGAGCCAGGGUUGGCUCCGGCGAGCCCAACAACAGGUCGGGAUCGAUCCAGAGGGGCAAGGCGCGCUCCGCGCAGCGCCCGGGGCACGGGGACAACAGCGCGGGCCCUUCAGUCCACGGCGGCGGCAGGCUCGGGGCCCAUGGCAUGUCCGACGGCCCAUCGGAGGAGCACGCGGGGUCGCAGAGCGCCGGCGGCGUGCUGAAGAAGGCCUCCAAGCCGGGCAGGAAGCCUGAUGCGAUGCGCCUGCCAGGCGAACGCUACCUGAACAACGAGGAGCUGCAGAACCUGAACACGGAGCUGCGGCCGCGGGGCUACGCCUACGUCAGCGUGGACCAGAUCCGGACGCAGGGCCGGCGGGGCAGGGAGGGCGGGGGGGCCGUGGAGCGGAGGUGA